UUGGUGCUAAGGUGCAAAUGCUGGCUUUGAAAUGGAGAGGCCAGGGAAUCUAGGUGCAGAAAACCCCAAGUCCAUUUCUCACAUUCAUAGCGGGGUGUGUGUGUGUGGGGGGGCAGCAUUAACCACAUCCCCAGCCAGGCUGGCUGGGCACCAGAAGCAGGGAGGAAACCCCUCCCCCCGAUGUGGGCAUGGCUGUGACUUCUCCCACGGGCAUUUCCACCCCAUGGCCCAUCCAGGCAGGGGUUUCCAGGCAACCGGGUACAUGCCUUUGUGGUUGCCAGGCCCUGCCCUCCCUUCCCCUCCCCUCCCCUCCGCAGGCCUCGUCCAUAUAACCUCCACGGCUGAGGCAGAUGCUUCGUGCCUGUCCCUCGUUGGCUCUGAGGAUGCAGCUCUUGAUCCUGGUCCUACUCCCUGCGGUCUUUCUCCUGCCCCCUGGGGCUCAGGCUGGGGAGAUCAUUGGGGGAUGGGAAGCCCGGCCCCACUCCAGACCCUACAUGGCCUAUGUGAAAAUAGCAACGCGGAGAGGGGGGAAAACAUGUGGGGGGUUCCUGAUUCGGGACGAUGUGGUGCUGACGGCGGCUCACUGUAACAACGAGCAGGGACACAUCACCGUCUCCCUGGGAGUCCAUGACCUUAGACUGCGGGAAUGGAGCCAACAAGAAAUCCCUGUGCUUCACCGGAUCCCCCACCCGGAAUAUGACAUGCAUUCCCUUAACAACGACAUCAUGCUGCAGCUGGUGCACCGAGCGAGGCUGAACAAAUGUGCGGGGCUCAUCUCCUUGCCCAGCGCCUGGCAGGGCGUGUGCCCCGGGGCCAUGUGCAGCGUUGCUGGCUGGGGUCGGACGGGCGCCCGCAGGGCAAAGGGCUCACACGUUCUCCGGAAGGUGGACAUGCCAGUGCUGGAGGAUUACGUGUGUCUGAGGAAUCCUGACCAGAUCUAUCAUUACUAUAACGCCUCCACCAUGCUUUGUGCAGGGGAUCCGAAACAGGCCAAAGACUCCUUUAAGGGUGACUCCGGGGGCCCGGUGCGCAGCAAAACAGCCCAAGGCAUCGUCUCUUGGGGCUCCCUCAAUGGGACCCCCCCUGGGGUGUACACCAGAAUCUCCAGAUUCGUCCCCUGGAUCCUGGAGACCAUGAGAAUGCUGCAGCCCUGAGCCCUGCUGGAAAUUCCUGCUUGUGUUGCAACUGGGCCUCUGGAGACGCCCCGACAUAGGAUCCACUUUGCAAAGGGCCUGCGCCCCCCGCACCCCCACCCCUGCCGUCAGGCAUUGCUCUGCUCAGGGGAGCCAUGGGCAGCACUCAACCCAUUAGCACCAAGGCUGGGUGCCUAGAGGUUAAAGUCCAGCUCCUGUCGGCUCCCUUAGCAAGCCCAACCCAGGCUCUCAAGCUAGGGAAGCAGGUGGUUUGUCUCCGAGCCGAACCCUGGGGCUCACCCAGCGGUU